UGCUGGUGCUGCUCGCAUUGAAGGUGUCACGACGAAAAUCAGUUCCAAAGUAACAUUCGUGCCGCUCGGGUUGUGCGUUCGUCGCUCCGCUCGCUCGUUUUGUUGUUGGUUCAAAUCAGCGUUCAAUCGUUUACCGUUCACCGUUAUAUUUCGUCGCGUUUAAUCAACGCCGUGUCACGCACACACUCUAAAAUACAUUAAAAUACACAGACACACUCAAACAUACAUACAUACAUACACACACACAUACACAUACAUACAUACACACCCACAGCAAAAAAGCAACAAAUAAACAAACAUUUAAAUAACGUGCGUGUGCAAAAUCCUAAACACAAAACAACAACAGCAACAACAACGAAAACAUCAUCAACAACAACAACAGCAACAGCAACAGCAACAAGAGCCGUUAGCUAAAGUUCUAAAAGAUACUAAAGUCGUUCGAUAAAUUGUGCAUUGUUUUUUUUGGUGUCUGCCGCAGCAAGUGUAUUUGCCCUUAACCUGGCUAAAACAACAAAACACUCAACUAUCCCAAUAACUGAAUACCGAAUACCGAAUAACGCAUCGCAGACCCGAGUCGAUCUCAGCAUCGUAUUGUCUGCCAAAGGCAUCGAUCGACGCCAACAAUUGGAUCUAUACAACAAAUAACAUCAACAUAUCCGCAAUCCGAUAUCCUUAAACGGUAUAUUUUUUUGCUCGCUUUUGGAAUAUCCGCACGGCAACAGUGACAGCAUCGAGAAUCGCUCAAGCUCCGCGAUAUUGGUGUGUGUGUGUGUUUUUUUUUUUUGAUAAACGCCAUUUGACUGUUAGCGGCGUUUUGGCCACUGCCACGCCCAGGCCCACGCCCACACGCACGCCCACACGGAGCCAUCAAUCAAUUUUGGCCAAUUGAAGCAUCAACGGUUGUACACCAUAAACAGCAUCAACGUGGCGCUGCACUCAACGGAAGCCUUGAUGGCGGCGGGCUUUCUCAAAUCGGGAGAUUUGGGCCCGCAUCCGCACAGCUAUGGCGGACCACAUCCGCACCACUCGGUGCCGCACGGACCGCUGCCGCCGGGCAUGCCGAUGCCAUCUUUGGGUCCCUUCGGCCUGCCACACGGACUGGAGGCUGUUGGGUUCUCCCAAGGCGUCAACACGAGAAAACAGCGUCGCGAGCGUACAACAUUCACACGGGCCCAGCUCGACGUCUUGGAGGCGCUCUUUGGCAAGACACGCUACCCGGAUAUAUUCAUGCGCGAGGAGGUCGCACUCAAGAUCAAUUUGCCCGAAUCCAGAGUACAGCGAUAG